AUGAACGCCCCCCUCCAGAACCUCGCCAUUUCUCUCGGCGUCAUGCAGAUUGCGCGAAAAAUCCCUUUCGACGACCCUCAAGUUCUUCAGUAUGUUCGCAUCGGCUACGUCGCCAGCCAGGUCAUCCUCCUCGCCGUGUACUACUUCACCUCGCUAAAGAUCAAGCGCAAGAACGACCAGACUAUCCUCAAAUAUGGUGCCACACCUUCUCCCUCAAGCCAGGAUCCUGGUCAACUCGUCACGACCACUGUCCGCGACUACGACCUGACCGAGACUUCAAAGCUUGUCCGGGCCGCGUACACCUCGAUCGCCAUGAUGGCCUUCCUCCACCUCUACCUCAAGUACACCCAACCCCUCUUCGUCCAGGCCAUCAUGGGCAUCAAGGGUCUCUACGAGGCCAAAACAGUCAAAAUCCAUAUCCUCGGCCAGGCGGCAGAAGGCGACCUCAAGCGACCCUUCAAGGGCCCUGCUGGCAUGUUUGGCGCCUCUGCGUCGCCUCAGACGGACAAAGCUGCCAUCGACGAGGCUGAGAAGCGGAUUGGCUCAAAGAAGGAAGAGUAG